AUGAACAGAUUACCAUUAUUAGGGUUUUGGCUUCGAAUUAGGGUUCUCCGUUCCAGGUGUAAAAAACAAGCUUUUUACAACGCUCCUGCAAAAGGCGGUGUAAAAGAACUUGUUGCAGGUUUUGGUGGAGAAGACGACGACGUGUCGUCGCGUUGUUUGAAUAUGGAAACCAAAGGCCGUAAACCAUUCUUCCUCAAUUUCAAGAAGGUACCUACUCCAUUAAAGGUUUUCUGCGACAACACUUCUGGUUCUCUCAGAUUCAGUGAGUCUCUCAACAUGCUUAUCGGUUUAGUACGAACUAAUGUGGAUGAGGUUCUUCUCAACACCAUGAUUCAAUUCUAUGAUCCGUUACUACAUUGCUUCACUUAUAGAUAUUUUCAGUUGGUACCAUCUUUGGAAGAAUUCUCACAUUUGCUGGGGCUCCCUGUGCUUAACCAAAUCCCUUAUACUGGUAAAGAAGAAGAUCCUAAGUUGGAAGUCAUCGCUGCUGCCCUACACUUGCCAAGAUCGGAGAUUGAGAAAGUUUGGAUUAGUAAGAAAGAUUACUCCGGAUUACCCCUUGAUUUCCUCUACGAAAAAGCGGAGAUUUUUGCUAAGGCUUCAAGUAUGGAUGCUUUGGAAGUAGUUUUGUCUCUUUUAAUCUAUGGACAAGUUCUAUUCUUCCAUUAUGACAAAAUUGUUGAUAUGGCUGCUAUCAAGAUAUUUCUAAGUAAGAAUCCCGUUCCUACCUUACUUGGUGAUUUGUUACAUUCUAUUCACUUCCGAGUAUCGAAAAGGAAAGGUUGUAUCCUUGGAUGUGCUCCGCUAUUGCAUAAGUGGGAAUUCCCUAAUAUACCGCUUCUUGGUGUUCGUGGGGGAAUAACAUAUAAUCCUAUUCUAGCUCAACAUCAGUUUGGUUUUGCUUUGAAGGAUAAGCCACAUUCCUUGUAUCUCAGUUUAGAAUACUUCAGCUAUGAUUCAGAUAAGUCAAAGAAAAGAGAUCUCUUCAUCAAGGCUUGGUCGAAAGUAAAGAAAGUUGGUGCAAAAGAUAUAGGAAGAAGAAAUUACAUGCUAUGGGACCCGUACUUCCAAUGGGUUUAUGAUCGAGUUAUGGAAUUUGGGAUGCCUUACCCUUCUGAUACGCCCAUAGUACCAAGGGUAGCUCCUCCUGCUGUCCCAGUUGCAUUUGAGCCGUAUGUUCCUACUUCAAACGAAGAUCUUGUUGCAACUGUUAAUCAACUGAAGAGGGAAAGGGAUGACUUUGAGAGACGCUUACGAAAGGUUGAAGCUGAAAAAGAAGUGUUGACACAAGAUGCUAAAGAGCGAGAGACUUUACUUGACUAUUUCUCUCGUAAAUGGAAAAUUGAAGAUUUCGUUUCUCCGGAUCAGAUUAACUCAUGGGAAAAUGAAAUUUCUAGGCUGGUUCAAGAAAGAGAAGAAAUGAUCAAGGCACACAAGGAAGAAGUCAGGGUUCUGAAAAGGAGGCGUCGUCAAGAAGACAAAAAUCCUGGAAUUUAG